AUGAGCUGCUCUCACAUAGAAGGAGACAAAAGCAUUUCAAGUGCUGAUCUGGAAUGUAAAAUCUGUUACCAAAAGUACAACGGCCAUAGCCGAAAGCCUAAGAUUCUGGACUGUUUACACAGAGUAUGUGCAAAAUGUCUGAACAAAAUCCUAGAUAUCAACGAUGGCUCCCACUAUAUUAGUUGUCCCUUCUGUCGCCAUGAGACAGAGGUCCAUCAGGAUGAAAUUGCAAGUCUCCCUGAUGAUACAGACAUUAUGUGCAAACUUACAGCAAGAGACAAGACAACAUGGAAUUCAGGUUGCAAAGAGGUAGUAUUAACACCAAAGAACUUGACUUCCUCCAGUUCAACCCUUGGUUCUUCUAACUGCUUAGUUAUUACUAUAAGGGAGGUACAAAGGAAUUCCCCGAGGACUCCAAGCAGACAUACCACCUCUGACUAUUAUGCAGAUCAUAGUCUUGACACUAUGUCUGUUACAUCCCAAAGCAGAAUCGAUCAAGAUGUGUUCUCUAAAAUUUGUAACCGUGUGCCAAGAAUACUCGUGUGGCUAUUAGGUUUCUUCUAUUUCAGUUCAUUGCCACUUGGAAUUUAUCUUCUGGUAAUCCAAAAAGUGACUCUGGGAGUUGUGUGUGUCAGCCUUGUUCCUUCCAGUCUGACUGUUUGUUUGGUCUAUGGUUUUUGUCAGUGCCUCUGUCAGGGUAUAUGUGAUUGUUCAUCCAGGAGCUAA